GAUUUGUUAAGCUUAACGGAACUACUCUCAGUACAGCAAGUGCUGAAGUGUUGUCAUGUGUUAAUAAGUUAAAAAUGUGAACAGGACCGAUGAUGAGAAGCUCCGGCUGGUUCCUAACAGCAGUACUUCAGGUCAUCAUCUUUGUAUGACGGGCUGUGCCAGCUUUGUCCUCAUCAUUCAUUCAGCAUUUCCAUAAUUUUUUCUUCAGUGCAGUAGUACCAUGAAGAGUGGAGGAAGAGGUAAGGCACAGCCUGUUGAGGGGGUCACUGGCAAAAGACCUAAACGUAAAUGCCUGCAGUGGCACCCUCUUCUUUCCAAGAAGGCUUCAGAGUUCUCUGAGGAAGAGGAAGAAGAAGAUGAGGAGGAGCUGGGGAAGGCAGGGCUGUGCAGUGAAGAUCAGGACUCCCAAGUGCAUAAUGUAAGCACAACAGAGGAAGCUGAAGAAGACUCUAAUGAACACCGGGCACGUCGGCCUAUGAAUGCUUUCCUCCUCUUUUGCAAGCGGCACCGUUCUCUGGUGCGACAGGAACAUCCUCGUCUUGACAACCGUGGGGCCACAAAAAUAUUGGCUGACUGGUGGGCUGUGCUGGAGCCCAAGGAGAAGCAGAAAUACACUGAUAUGGCCAAGGAGUAUAAAGAUGCCUUUAUGAAGGCAAACCCAGGCUAUAAGUGGUGUCCCACUACAAGCAAGCCACUCAAGAGCUCUUCCUAUCAGCAUGUCAGCUGUCCUCGCAAAAAGGUGUGGUCCUUCUCCUGCAACUCAUCCAAGGACUCUACUGCCAAAAAUGUGCCCAAAAGCGACAGUUUGCACCAGUUGAACUUUGCCAUGGCAGACCCCACAAAGAUGGGAGGCCUGAGCAUGCUGCUGUUAGCUGGUGAACACGCCCUCACAAACAGGGAGAUCUCUCCCAGCACUAAAUCUACAUUACCUGACAUAGCCAUUAAAGGAAGCUCCUUUUCAGAGGAAACUAAAGAGAUGUUGUCUCAGACAAUUCCCAACAGAGUGCCUGAUAUUAUUGACAGCAGGAUGAAGACAGGGCUUUCCCUAGUGGAAGAGUCUUCCUUGUCAGGCACCCUUGAAGGAAAACCAUACAGACAGUCAGCUCUCUUCCAGCUUGCAGAGAUGUGUUUAGCAUCAGAAGCAGGAAAAAUAGACUCAAUAGUGUCUCAGCCCGAUGACAACUGCUCCACAGCAACACUCAAGCAAAUAUCCAUGAAGCCAGGAGUUAAGGAGGAGAGAGACAACUCUGACUGCUGUAGUCCUUCUCAUAGAUCGCCCUCCCCUCCAUCUCCUUCCUCUGGAACAUCCACCCCCACUGCUCAGCAUACAAGCCAAAGUGGAUGUGUCAAAAAGAAGAACAAGAAAUAUGAGGAGGUGAAGUCUAAUGACAUCCCAUGUUCAGAAAAGAGAGUGGGCACAAAUUGUCAGCACUUGGAAUCAAAUGUGGACAGCACCAUUGAGGCAGUGGCCAGAGGAGCUUGGAUUGACAAAGAGGAUAAAUCCAAGAAGAAGACCCCUCCCAGUUUUAUGAGUAGAAGCUCCGGUCUGCCACAAAAGAAAACUAAGACCAAAGUUAAGACACUGGUUAAAGCAAAAGAAGAGGAGUUGGAAGACAGCAGCAAGCUGCAGGGAUCCUCUGAUGGGGAGAGAAAGAAAGUAGUGCCUGGCAUUGAGGCCAAGAUUGAAACAGAAAGUGUAAAUAGUGAAAGCACAGGCCUUCAAGGCUGCAUGCCAGUGUCUCCCCAGCUCCACUGCGGCCAAUUGCCGGUGAAGCCCAAAGAAGAGGACAAGGAGAAGCACAAGGAGAAAGAACAGCAGAAGGCUAGUGACACAACCUGUGAGCUGAACACACACAACCAUGGCUCCAGAAAAUCCGAGCGAAGCUGUAAGGGUGCCUUGUACAAAACUCUUGUGUCUGAGGGAAUGCUAACUUCACUGAGAGCCAAUAUAGACAGAGGUAAAAGAGGUGGCUUACGCGCUUUUGAUCAUGAGUCUAACUGGAGUCAGGACAGCUGGACAGUUUCACACUUGGGACCAAGUAAUACCAAGAAGCUAAAAAAGUCCAAGUCCAAAGAAGAGUCUUCACAGAGCCUGGGAAAACUAGAAGAAGAGUUUGAAAAGAAGUUCAACAGCCUGCCACAGUACAGUCCACUCACCUUCGAUAAGAAGGGGACAGCUGUUGCCAAGAAAAAGAAAACUGACUGCUCCUAUAGCGUAGAUGAAUCCUCUAAAGCUCCAAAAGUGGAACAGAGUAACUGCUGGCAGUUGGAUUCAGUUUCAAAAGCUCAGCCCUCUGCUUCCAUGUUCCCUGACAUCCAUGGUGCCUCCAGCAUGGAGAUGCUGGUUGGCAGCCAGAAGAGGAAGGCUAGGAAGUCCAGGAUUACACACUUGGUGCGCACGGCUGAUGGCAGUGUUUCUGCAGCUGAAGAAAACAAAGCUGGGGAUCUAAACCAGGAACAGGAUAAGAAGCCAUUAAACCAACAGAAUUUAUGCAAUGAAAAAAGGUGCUACAGCAGUCCCACAGCAGAGGAGACUGGGCGGAACACCUUACCACCAGAGUUACCUGCUUUCUUCAGUUUGGCAGCCCUUGCUGAGGUAGCAGCCAUGGAAAAUGUUCACAGAGGCCAGAGAAACUUAGCUCAAAGCCAGAAGAAAGAACUUGUACAAACUCCGGUUCUCAUAUCCUGCGCUGAUCAGUGAAGUGAUGCUGCUGCUUCUGGAAGAAGAUGACAUGAACAGUAGUAGUGAAGCUUUGCUUUCCUGAGAGGUUGUUUGUUUGGAAGGCUUGGACAAACUCCAGACUCUGAUUUUGCUUGAAUCUAAUAUAUGGGGAAAGAAACCCUCUCCUCUUCUCCCGCCUGCCCCUUCUCUGUUGGUGUCUCAGUGUUUCAUCCUGAGCCUCUGUUGGGCUUCAGGGAGAAUGCUUUUCUCAAAGGAUGGCUUUGUGUAUUCAAUGGAUGAUGUACUUGACACUCAGUGAAUUCCCUACAGUAAGUGGUGGUCAGUACAGUCUAGUUGUUGAGAAACAAGUAGAGUAGGUAAGGUGGACUUUCAGGUAGACUGUUUUCUCAAACGCACUAGCUGCUUUGAGAAAAAUGGUCAUGAGAACAUUGGAGCUGUUGGUCUGUUGCCGAGCAGCAGGCCAACAGCUCCUGUGUUAUGCAAACUAAAAUCAUCCCUUUGUCAACAGUUUUUGGAUAUAAAGGGGGCCAUUUAUAUACUUCCAUCACAGUUCCACAUACAUCACAACUUGAAGAGAGAUGGGCUCUUAGCUUUUGGAAGGAGCUUUGUGAAUUGCUUCUUGGUUUUCAGUAUCUCUGCUGCAGUGGUCAGAAGAUCCUCAGCUUGGGCAGAAAGAAGGAUUUGAGGAUUUGCUUCAUCUGUCAGGAAUCACAGUGAUCCUACAAUUAUUGCAAGCUGUCGCUGCUGUGUACCGCAGUGUGACACGGAUCACUCCCGACAGCCACAUGCACAAAAGAUCUAUCUACACUGAUGUGUUCCAUAUGUAUGGAAAUAAAAACAUCAACAAUGGCACAUUUUGUGGCUGCAGUCACUAUGUACUGUUUAGCACCGCCACUGAAAAGAAACACCUACUAUAUUUACACCUGAUUAGUCUGUGCAAAAAAAACAAGCUUUCCUCAGUGCAUGGCUUCCUUUUUAAAGGUGGUUCCUAUAGAUUUGUUGUAUACUGUUAUAAGGAAGCCAUUUUGGAGGUUAAGUGUGACUGAAAAGACCUAAUUUUUUUAAUGGGACUGUGAAAGUGCUUUUGACUUGCAGUCAUGUUUGUUGUUUUUUACUUGAUGAAUAGUUCCCACACCUCUCUGAACACAUUUGUAUGUGGAAAAGCUUAUUUGCCUCCAGCUUCAUCCCAAAAGAACUUUUAACCAGGGUAAAUGAUCAUGACAGACUUUCUUUAAAGCUGUGGUAUGUUAAUCUUUUAAAAAAUAGUUUUUUUUACAUAUUUCUUAAAACUGUCAUUAUGUUGUGACAGUACGGUAUGAGAC